AAAAAUGAUUGAUUGAUUGAUUGAUUGAUUGGUGUAAACCACCCCACUGGACGCGCUCUCCGCUGGGAUGUCACUUCAGUUCAUAUGCGAGUCAAGGCAGUUGAGCGAAUACUUUUGGCAAUGUAGUGUAUCAUUGCCUUAUUCUACGUGACCUUAUACAUCCCUAAUCCUAGCCGAUACCUAAACUUAACAACUACUGCGCUAACUAUUAAUCAGCAGCAAAUUAGAAACGUAUUGAGUGAAAAUCGUAGUUAAUAGAAAAUAAGUGUUCCCUGUUCGAAAGUGUUACUUUAUUUUCGAAAGUAGUCCAGCCCAUCAACAGAUUAUUAUGGAUAAGAUCUAGAUAAGAAGUGAAUAAGAUAAGAGACAGAUGAGAGCUCUUUGAUCACAGUUUAUUUUAAGAUCGCAUUCUCAACAAUAACUAAAAUUAACUAUGACUUUUCUCUUGGUGCUUAUUUAUUGUGUAUUAAGGUAGCUUGAGAAUGGGGUGGGAUUUAGGGAUCUAAAAUAUGGUCAUGCAGACUAAGGCAUUAAUAAGCUUUAUAAGUAGUACGUGCUAGUAAUGGCGAAAAUCGGUCCUUAAAAUCUUACCAUAAACGUUUCCAGUGGCAAAAUUAAGCCGCCAUAUAUCUGUUGGAUUCCAGGUAUUUGCUCUUCUGUUUUAUCUUAUAUGUGAUAUAAUUAGCAACGGAACUUUUAUGAUGUUAUUUUAAGAAUCUGAAUUAAGAAACAUUUUUCUUCCUUUGUUUGUCGUGCCUUGAGCCAUCAGAUUUGCCAUUGUCAUUAAAUCCUAAAAUGAAUGCGAUUAAUUCUCAAAAAGCUAUGAACGUUAACCUUAGCUUUGUAACAUCUGUAUCUGUUUUUACUGUAGGGGAAAAAAAAACAGUAUUACACUUAGUAUUUUUAGAAUUAUGCACGUUUUGAUAUUUUUCCAAUAACUCGUAUCUAAUUGGUUUAAAUCAGUCUUCCAAUUACAAAAAUUCUCUUUGAUUGUGUGAUUUGGUUUAACAAAAUGUUUUUGGCUUGACCUAUACGUGUAUUUGUGUCGUACAAAACAUAUGUUCUUACGGCUGAUCUACAAUACAUCUAUUACAAACUUUAUUUACAGAGAUUGCAACUUUUCAGGUUGUGUUUAGUCAGGAAUGGGAAGUGAGGUUUGUUUCCUUGGAAGGCUAUAAAUGGAUUCAUAAAAUAUCUGACCUAUGAAAGUUAUGCUAUAGGUGAACUCACAAAGUAAACACAGAAGGCCCAUUUAUUUUGAAUCUAUGCGCGAGAUAAUGCAUGUAUCAAUCAUUGUUUUCAGAUACCAGGACCUGUUCGAGUAGUUUUCGUUUUCUGAUUGGUUUAAGAAUGUCUGGACUCUUGCCAGACUCCUUUGUGCAUCGUUCCUUAGAAAGUCUUUCAGACAAUCGCGUGCUGUAGCUGUAAAAAUGUAAUCUGAUUCAAUGGGUUUCCAGAGAAAUGUCGUCAAAUCGUCCUCCUUUGGUUUGUAUUUAAAGGAGAAACACAGCCAGUUUCACAUGCACUUGAAAGCACAGCUAAAGCCAGAGAAAAGGAAGCUCCUGAGUAUGAAUCUCCUCUCACUGCUUAAAAUGAAGACCGUGGUUGUUUUCUUUGUUGCAAGCGUCUGCAUUCAAAGCGCAACCCCAUCAAAACUCGACGUACGCAAAAAGCGAGCGUGGAUUGUGGAUUCGCUGACCAUGGAAGAAGAGCACGCCGGUCCUUUCCCAUACAAACUGGGAGAUUUAAACAUCGAGAAGAAGGUUUUGGAAGAAUACUCCAUUCACGGCCAGGGCAUCGACAAAGAUCCCAAAGGAAUCCUGUCUGUCAGCAGAAACGGAUCCGUUUACGCUCAUGGAAAAGUUGACUUUGAGGAGUACCGCAAACUGAGAAUCACGCUUUCUAAAAAACAGACAGCAGUCGCUGUGGAUAUCGAUGUCCUGGAUAUCAACGACCACGCUCCUGUUUUUAAUCGGGACCUGUAUGAGAUCGCAGCAGAUGAAUCAACACAACCAGGUAAGGCUCUGGUCACAGUGCUGGCAGCCGACAACGACCAGCCAGGAACAGCCAACGCUCACUUCACGCUGAGGAUCUCCUCGGUGUCUCCUUCUCCCUCCGGCGCUGACUUCUUCAUUCAGCAGAGAAAAGGAGAGCAGACGGGAAGCAUUUCUUUCAAGGGGUACCUUGAUUAUGAGAAGACCCAAAAAUACACUAUUCUGGUAGAAGCAAAGGAUCAUGGGGAGAAGAUACAGCUCUCCAGCACAAGCACAGUAAUAUUGAAUAUCAUGGCCAAACACGGCUAUCCAUCAGAGUUCACUAGGAAAACAAAACACGCCAGUGACUCUUCAGCAUUGAAGAAGAUGAAACAAGUGGGUGUACUGGAGUCUGGACCGAUGCUGGAGACCAACAAACUGUCCAUGUGUCUGUCUGAGGAGACGACUGACGUUACGGCUCUCAACCCAGCCCUGUACAGCCCACCGUUACGCUUCCAGCUGAUUGGAGAUGUGCAGGGCAAGUGGAGGCUUCGGUCCGACUACGGCGCGUCCGUGAGGCUGAUCAAAGAUGGCGGCGUACAUGCAGGCCAUCAUCGGCUCACUUUUAAGAUCUCUGACAGCCAGGGCCAGAGUUCGGUCCAGACGCUCUCGCUGCUCGUGUGCGACUGCGACGCUUCUGCAGACUGCAAGGACCCGGCAGCAAAGAUGAACGUCGCUGGCGUCGCUCUCACGAUCCUCGGCAUCCCGGGGCUGCUGGGUAAGAGCGGGGGUUUCACGUCCAGCGUGGUCCUGGCCUUCUCAGUCACUUUGUUCAUCCAAACAUUAUACUCUGCAAGCUGGAUUAUGCUACUGGAGGAUGCAUUUUACAAUUCGAAUAAUAAAUACUAAAUUGUGUUUCAAUCAGUGCGCACUACUGUCCAAAAUAUGGCUCAGUGUGUGUGUGUGUGUUUUUUUAAGAAAUCAGGCCAAAAUAACAGAUUAAUGAGCAUGUGACACUGAUGCUAUUUCACGAGAUUACCGUUUUUACUCUAAUAAUAUAUUUUACUGCAAUGUAUCUGAUCAAAUAAAUGCAGCCCUGGUGAGCUCAAGAGACAUCUCUUGAAGCGAUGGCGAAGUCGUGUGUCUAAUGAGUGUGUGUGUUUGUCUGUGUGUAGGUAUCCUGUUGAUGGUGUGUUGUAAGAUCAGAGCAAAGCAGUCUGAGAAGCGCAACAAGCUGUUAGUGGAGGCAUCAGAGCAAUUUCUUAGCCCUGACACCAUCGAAGCUCGCUGAACUUGAUCGCGCCGUGUUUUCAUGAUCAUCCAGCACCAAUUUCCUCCAUUUUGGCAGCAUUUGUUAUAUAAAUAUCCCUAUUUCUGCCGUAAAUGAUGCGGCGUUAAACCCAGAGCCUCUUUCGUCCAGGGAUGAACUCCUGGAGCCACAGCUGAAGCACAAACGCCACCAGUCUCCAGAACGCGCCCUGAAAAAAAUACAGAGGAUUGAACUGAUUUUGAUGAACUCAAACGGCAGACUGCUUGUUUUUACGCUGCGAUAUUAAAAGGAAGGAACGCUUUGGCGGUUUUAAAUGCGCAUGCGUACAACGCGAACGACUCUGGGAAUAGAUUGAUGAUUAAUCCGCCUUCACGUGCGUGGUGUGAAUGAAUACUUGAGUGCCAUAUGAUUAUAUCAGCUCAUGCAGAUACGAAAUCAUUCAUAAACCACCCUCACGGCUGAGCAGGUGAUACUGUACAGAGUUCCGCCUGCACUGGUAUAUUUAUAUUGUUUACAUAUGUGAAGGAAUCACUUUUUGUAAGCGAGUUCGUGUUUGGGGAUGAUUCGUUUUUAUUGUUAAUUGUAAUUUAUUAAUAAAAGGA